AUGGGCAAGAAGAAGUUCAGUGGACUGGAAGUCACCCUGAUUGUCCUCUUGUGCCUGGUGGUGAUCGUAGCCUGUGUCCUCAUUGGGCUUUUAGCAUCAGGAUUAUCUGGAAUCAAAACUACAGAGUUUUCGCCAGAAUGUCCGAACAUCAUAAUAGCAGAGAGAAUUGACUGCAUCCCGGAUCAAAUAGCAACCAAGAGCACCUGCACCCUGCGUGGCUGCUGCUGGAGUCCCAAGAGCGAUAUCAGUGUGCCCUGGUGUUUCUUCCCUUCAAACCACGGGUACAAAGCAGAUGGGUCGACAAGAUCAACAAAGGCGGGAUUCGAGACUACAUUAACGAGGCUGCCAUCACCUUCCCUCUUUGGAAACGAUGCCAACACUGUCCUCCUCACAGGAGAGUAUCAGACACCAAACCGUUUCCGGUUCAAGAUCACUGAUCCUAAAAAACACAGAUUUGAAGUUCCUCACGAGCAUGUGCGACCUUUCACUGGAUCCGCAGCCUCCAAUCCAAACUACAAAGUGGACGUGAAGCAGAACCCCUUUGGCAUCGUGGUGACCAGAGUGAGCAACGGCAGAGUGCUGUUUGAUACUACCAUAGGACCUCUGCAGUAUGCUGACCAGUUUUUACAGCUAUCAAUCAAACUACCGAGCAGCAACAUUUAUGGGGUGGGAGAGCACGUGCAUAAGCAGUACCGGCAUGACGUCAACUGGAAAACCUGGCCUCUGUUCAGCAGGGAUAUUGGCCCCUCUGGAGCAAUGCAUAACUUAUAUGGAGUUCAAACUUUCUUCCUGUGCUUGGAAGACAGCACGGGAGCCUCCUUUGGUGUUUUCCUAAUGAAUAGCAAUGCCAUGGAGUUCGUGGUGCAGCCUGCUCCAGCAGUGACCUACAGAACCAUUGGUGGGAUCCUUGAUUUCUAUAUCUUCUUGGGGAACACUCCAGAGCAAGUAGUCCAGGAGUACCUGAAGCUUGUGGGACUGCCAGCAUUGCCUUCCUACUGGAGCCUGGGCUUCCAGCUCAGCCGCUGGAAUUACGGGUCUCUGGAUGAGGUGAAGAGAGUCGUGGAGAGGAACAGGGCGAUUGGACUCCCUUAUGAUGCUCAGAUCACUGAUAUUGAUUAUAUGGAGGAAAAGAAAGAUUUUACUUAUGACAAAGUGAAGUUUAAAGAUCUCCCUAAUUUUGCAGCUUAUAUGCAUGACUAUGGACAAAAAUAUAUUAUCAUAUUGGAUCCUGCUAUUAGCACACAAAAUCUUGUUGAUGGUAGUCCAUAUGGAAGCCACGUCAGGGGAGAGGCAAAAAAAGUCUGGAUUAAUGAAUCAGAUGAAGUAACAACGUUACUUGGGGAGGUGUGGCCAGGGGAAACUGUGUUCCCAGACUUCACCAACCCAGAGUGCACUAGCUGGUGGGUGGAAGAAUGCAAACUGUUUUAUAACGUAGUGCCAUAUGAUGGGAUCUGGAUUGAUAUGAAUGAAGUAUCCAACUUCAUUAAAGGCUCAAAAAAAGGUUGUGAGCAGAAUGACUUAAACUAUCCUCCUUUCACUCCCAGUAUUCUUGAUAAACUUAUGUAUUCCAAGACACUUUGUAUGGAUGCAGUGCAGAAGUGGGGGAAACAUUAUGAUGUCCACAGUCUUUAUGGAUAUUCCAUGAUCAUAUCAACACGGAAAGCCAUUGAAGCACUCUUUCCCGGAAAACGAAGCUUCCUUAUUUCGAGGUCUACAUUUGUCGGAUCAGGAAAAGACACAGGACACUGGCUGGGAGAUAACGCAGCAAUAUGGGAUCACUUAAAAUGGGCAAUACCUGGAAUGUUGGACUUUAACCUCUUUGGAAUACCUUAUAUUGGAGCAGAUAUUUGUGGUUUCUUCGACAACACCACAGAAGAACUUUGCAGACGAUGGAUGCAAGUAGGAGCAUUUUAUCCAUUUUCCAGGAAUCACAAUGCUGAAGGAUUCAUAUCUCAGGAUCCGGCUGCGUUUGGAGCUGAUUCAGUCUUGGUGAAUACCUCCAAGUAUUACUUGAACAUUCGCUACACUUUGCUGCCCUACCUGUACACACUGUUUUAUAAGGCUCAUACUCAAGGAGACACGGUUGUUCGGCCAGUUUUGCAUGAGUUCUACUCUGAUGAAGUGACGUGGAGUGUCGACAGGCAGUUCCUGUGGGGUCCGGGGCUGCUUAUUUCCCCUGUACUUGACCCGGGUGUGGACGCAAUUCAAGCAUAUAUUCCUGAUGCAGUAUGGUAUGAGUAUGAUACGGGGGCAAAAAUCUCAGUGAGAAAACAGUGGACCAGUAUGUACCUGCCAGCAGACAAACUGGGACUCCAUUUGAGAGGAGGAUAUAUUUACCCUACUCAGCAACCAGCUAACACGACCGUUGCAAGCCGCAAGAAUCCAAUGGGGCUUAUAAUUGCCCUGGAUGACAACAACACAGCUUCUGGGGACUUGUUCUGGGAUGAUGGAGAAUCUACAGGUACAGUUGAGAGUAAAGCCUACAUUUACUAUGAGUUCACUGUUUCCAAUAAUGUUCUACAAAUGACUGCUGUAAACAGCAAUUAUACUGAUCCUAACAACUUGAAAUUUGAAGAAAUCAAGAUACUGGGAACGCCCCAGGAAAUAACAUCAGUUACUGUAUCUCAGAACAAUGUUGUGGAAAACUCUCCGCACAAUAUCACCUAUUAUCCUUUAGAAAAGGUUGCUCAUAUAACAGGACUUCAGCUUGAACUGGGAAAAUCUUACACAGUAAAAUGGACUCAACGACUGAGUGUAAACGAAAGGUUUAAUUGUUAUCCCAGUCCCAAUCCAACACAAGAAAAAUGUGAACAACUUGGCUGUGUCUGGGAAGAGGUAACAUCAAACUUGGACAUUCCACCCUGCUAUUACAGCUCCAACAAUGCUUACUCUGUAGACAAAGUAGAAUACACCUCGUCAGGUUUGGCAGCCAACCUCACCUUAAACAGUGCCAAGACCAGAGCUAAUGAGAAUUUCACUACACCAAUUAGUACACUACGCUUGGAGGUGAAAUAUCAUCUCAACCACAUGCUGCAAUUUAAGAUUUAUGAUUAUCAAAAUGCACGAUACGAGGUUCCGGUACCACUAAAUCUCCCGAGCUCCCCAAUGAGUACGAACAAGGAACGACUCUAUGAAGUAUCAGUUCAGAAAAAACCAUUUGGUAUACAAGUUCGGCGCAAAAGCACAGGAACAAUCAUCUGGGAUUCGCAGCUGCCCACCUUCACGUUCAGUGACAUGUUCAUUCAGAUUUCUACCCGCUUAGCAUCCCAGUACAUAUAUGGAUUUGGAGAAACUGAGCACACCAUGUUUCGACGCAACAUGAGCUGGCACACCUGGGGAAUGUUUGCAAGGGACCAGCCUCCUUCUUACAAGUUGAAUUCCUAUGGUUAUCAGCCAUUUUACAUGGCUCUCGAAGAAGAUGGCAAUGCCCAUGGGGUUCUCUUGCUUAACAGCAAUGCAAUGGAUGUGACAUUCCAGCCAACCCCUGCCCUGAUAUACCGCACCACUGGAGGAAUUCUUGACUUCUACAUGGUUUUGGGCCCAACACCAGAACUUGUUGUUCAGGAGUACACUGCACUGAUUGGACGACCGGUCAUGCCACCUUACUGGUCUUUGGGAUUCCAGUUGUGCCGCUACGGAUACACCAACGACUCAGAGAUUGCCCAGCUGGUGGAGGAUAUGAAGGCAGCUGGGAUUCCCUAUGAUGUCCAAUAUGCAGAUAUCGACCACAUGGAAAGGCAACUGGACUUCACCAUCAGCACACGCUUUGCUGGAUUACCAGCUCUAAUUAACAGAAUAAAAGACGACGGAAUGAGAUUUAUCAUUAUCCUGGAUCCAGCCAUCUCUGGAAAUGAAACCAACUAUCCUACCUUCUCCAGAGGGGUGCAGGACGAUGUCUUCAUAAAAUGGCCGAAUACCAAUGACAUUAUAUAUUCCAAGGUCUGGCCAUUUCUUCCCAACGUACAAGUCGAUGAGUCACUGCCUGAGCAAACCCAAAUACAGAUGUACGGAGCACAUGCUGCUUUCCCAGACUUCUUCCGCAACUCCACAGUGGAGUGGUGGAAGAGAGAAAUCCUCGAGUUCUACAACAAUCCCACCGACCCCUCAAAAAGCAUCAAGUUUGAUGGCCUGUGGAUUCGAGCCAUUGCCGCGCUGCCAGUCAAGGCAGGAGAGAAACUGCUGACAGGACAGGAAGGGAAGUCUGGUACCUCUGCUGUCAGCCGAAUCACAUGUGAUCGGGGCAUCACAGGAGCUGAUAUCUGUGGCUUCUUCAAAGAUUCAAAGUAUGAGCUGUGUCUUCGCUGGAUGCAGCUGGGUGCAUUUUACCCCUAUUCAAGGAAUCACAAUCAGAAAGGAACAAGGCCCUAUCUCUACACGUUAAUGUAUGACGCCCAUGCCCAUGGCAGCACUGUGAUCCGCCCCAUACUCCAUGAGUUUGUGCAAGACAGAACCACCUGGGAAAUAUAUGAGCAGUUCCUUUGGGGACCUGCACUGCUCAUCAGCCCUGUGAUGCAACAGAAUGCUGUAACAGUGAAUGCUUACUUACCCAAUGCCCGCUGGUAUGAUUAUUACACAGAUGAAGAUAUUGGCUUUAGGGGACAAUUCAAAGUUUUACCAGCUCCUUUGGAACACAUCAACCUGCAUAUCCGAGGCGGAUACAUCCUUCCUUGGCAACGACCUGCUAAUACAACUUUUUAUAGCCGAAAAAACCCGAUGGGCCUCACUGUGGCUUUGACCGACGCUCUGUUUGCAGAAGGCCAGCUGUACUGGGAUGAUGGGGUUCGCAUUGACGCGUAUGAAGAUGGUGUCUAUCUGCUAACAUCAUUUACUUCUAAUCAGAAUGUUUUAGAUAUCACGGUUCUGCAUAAUGGUUACACUGAUCCAAACAACUUAAUGUUUACUGAAAUUAAAGUCCUGGGGGUGCCCACCAGUGUUAAGCAGGUGACCGUAUCGCAGAACGGCGGGACAAUCGCGUCGUCUCACACUGUGGAUUACAGUAACACCAAGAAGGUCCUGACAAUCACCAAGCUUCAACUUGAGUUAGGCAAAAACUACACCGUGCAAUGGAGCUAAAGUGCCUGCAAAAUAACACCAGCCAUACAGCCCAAUUUUCUGAUUGUUUAAAAACCAUCUUUCACGUUUUCACUUUGCAAAGUUCCUCUGUCAUCACAGAAGUCUUCUUACUAUAAACCCAUACUAGUUACAUUCAGUUCACUUUAAGGGGUAAUGUGUAUAAAGCAGCCACAUUUCAGUAUGGUUGAAGGCUAACUACAAUGUCUCCACGUGAUGCAAAAUCUGUAUUUUAAACAGUAUGGCACUUCGGUGUAGCUUCAUCUUUCAAAACUGAGACAAGAAUGUAAAACUCCAUGUUUUCUCAGAGUUGAAUUUUUAGCUGAGUUAGAGUGCCAGA